AGGGGGUGCCAGGUGGCAGGAGAAGAGACCAUGGGCGCGUGGGGAAAGACGUUGGUGCCACUGCUGGUGGUGGCGGCGGUGGUGGUCCCACAGCCUGCCUUGCAGGUGUUAUCAGAGAAUUCCGAAAUUCAAGAAGUGGACCUACUGUCAGCGCCCUGCGGUCACAGGAUCAUCCCUGCACGUGUAGUGGGUGGAGAUGAUUCGGAGCUUGGCCGAUGGCCGUGGCAAGGGAGCCUGCGUGUAUGGGGCACUCACUUAUGUGGAGCGACCUUGCUCAACCGCCGCUGGGUGCUUACAGCUGCCCAUUGCUUCCAAAAGGACAGCGAUCCCUAUGAUUGGUCAGUCCAGUUUGGUGAGCUGACUGCCCAGCCUUCUCUAUGGAACCUACAGGCCUAUUCCAACCGUUACCAAAUAGAAGAUAUCUUUAUGAGCCCCAAGUACAAGGCAUCAUAUCCCCAUGACAUCGCCCUGCUGAAGCUGUCAUCUCCUGUCAACUACAAUAACUAUAUCCAACCCAUAUGCCUCAUGAACUCCACAUCCAAGUUUGAGAACCGAACUGACUGCUGGGUGACCGGCUGGGGGGAUAUUGGAGAGGAUCAAAGUCUGCCGUCUCCCUACAUUCUCCAGGAAGUGCAAGUAGCGGUGAUCAACAGCAGCAUGUGUAACCAUAUGUUCUCAAAAAGCUCAGACUUCCGAGUGACCAUAUGGGGAGACAUGGUUUGUGCCGGCAAUCCUGCCGGCGGCAAGGACUCCUGCUUUGGUGACUCAGGAGGACCCUUGGUCUGCGACCAGGAUACGGUGUGGUAUCAGGUUGGAGUCGUGAGCUGGGGAAUAGGCUGUGGUCGGCCCAAUCGGCCUGGAGUCUAUACCAACAUCAGUCAUCACUAUGAUUGGAUCCGGUCAACUAUGAUUCGAAAUGGGAUGCUCAGGCCUGAUCCGGCCCCACCGCUGCUGUUUCUUACUCUGGCCUGGCCUUCCUUGAUGCUGAGGCCUGCCUGA